AUGAGUGUGGAUUCGGCUUAUCCCCAAAGCCUGCCCUGCUCCGAACCAUCCAAUUCUAGGGAGCCUUCACCAGCGCCUGAGAUGUAUGAGCCUGAAGAAAACUAUGCGUCCUUGCCCAUGUCAUCUGCUGAGACGCUCCACGCAGAGGCUGUCUCUCCUCUUCCUUCCUCCAUGGACCAGCUUAUUCAGAACAGCCCUGAUUCUUCCACCAGUCCCAGCAGUCCCAGCACAACACCACCCACUUCUGAAGAGAACGGGACAGGGAAGGAGGAGAAAGCCCAGGUCAAGAAACAGAAGAUCCGAACCGUCUUCUCACAGACCCAGCUCUGUGUACUCAAUGAGAGAUUUCAAAGACAGAAGUAUCUCAGCCUCCAGCAGAUGCAAGAACUUUCCAGCAUCCUGAACCUUAGCUACAAACAGAUUAAGACCUGGUUCCAGAACCAGAGAAUGAAAUGUAAGAGGUGGCAGAAAUACAACUGGCCAAAGAACAGCCACCGUGUGACCCAGAUGAGCUCAGCAACUACAGACUACCUGGGCCUCUCCUCCUGUCACCAGGGAUGCCUGGUGAACGCUUCUGGAAACCUUUCCAUGUGGAGCAACCAUUCCUGGACCAGCCCAUCUUGGAACUACCCUGCCUGGAAUGGUCAGACCUGGUGUCCCCAAGCCUGGAAUAAUCAGGCGUGGAACAACCAGGCCUGGAACAACCAACUCCUUAGUUAUGGAGAGGAAGCCCUGCAGCCCCAGAUCCAGUUCCAGCAAAAUCCUGUCAGUGAUUUGGAGGCCUCCUUGGAAAUUGCUGGGGAAACCUAUGAUGCAAUUCUGCAAGCCCCUAAGUAUUAUGGUACCCAGCAAUCCACGGAUUCAUUCCCAGAUUAUUCCAUGAGCAUAUAGCCUGAGUCCACGAACACAUAG